AUGUUGAAGAAAGAUGAAGAUAAACUAAAGAAGGAAGUAAUGCCUAUAUCUUAUAAAUCAAAUAAUUUACAUAAUGUAUUAUUAUAUAAAAAAUUUUCAGUAACAUUUUUAAUGAUAAUUUUUUUAACUGUAUAUAAUAAUAUCAUUAACGGGUCUAUAGUUGUGGCUGCAUCAAUUACCUCAGAAGAUAAUAUUGUGAGGACACAUUCUUACUCAAAAAUUUAUAAAAAUGAAUUUGCCGUAAAAAUUAUUGGUGGUAGUAAAGAUCCUUCAAAAGCUGAUCGAUUAGCUAUCAAACAUAAUUUAAUUAAUUUAGGACCAAUUAUUGAUGGUUCUGAUUAUUUUUUAUUUAAAAAUCCAUUUAUACGUCAACGUUCAAGGAGGAAAGGAAGAUCAUUAAGUACAUCAACAUUAUCAAAAGAAAAUGAUAUUGUAUGGAUGGAACAACAAGUUUCAAAAAGACGUGUUAAAAGAGGAUAUAAUUCUCAAAGUAUUUCUAAUUUAAGUCCUAAAUUAAGAUUAUUAUCUAAAAAAGGUCCAUUAAAUAUAUUUGAUAAUGAUAAUGAAAAAGAUAUACCUAAAAAUUUAGAUCCAAAUGAUCCAUUAUGGAAUGAAAUGUGGUAUUUACAUCGUUCUGAUAAUAAACCAGAAUUCAAAGAUCAUAAUGUUAAAGAGGCAUGGGCACUUGGAUAUACGGGUAAUGGGGUUGUUGUUACAAUCUUAGAUGAUGGUGUUGAAUAUGAACAUCCAGAUAUAAAACCAAAUUAUGAUCCUAAAGCUUCUUAUGAUGUUAAUGAUAGAGAUUCAGAUCCAACACCAAGAUAUGAAUAUACUGAUGAAAAUAGGCAUGGUACACGUUGUGCCGGAGAAGUUGCUGCUGUUUAUAAUAAUUCUUUUUGUAUAACAGGAGUUGCUUAUAAUGCUAAAAUUGGUGGUAUAAGAAUGUUAGAUGGUGAGGUAACUGAUGCAGUUGAAGCAAAAAGUUUAAGUUAUAAUAUACAACAUAUCGAUAUUUAUUCAGCUUCAUGGGGACCUGAUGAUGAUGGAAAAACUGUUGAUGGACCUGGAAAAUUAACAAGAGAAGCAUUUGAAAAUGGUAUUAAAAAUGGACGUGGUGGCCUUGGUAGUAUAUUCAUAUGGGCUAGUGGUAAUGGUGGAAAAGAUGGUGAUUCAUGUAAUUGUGAUGGAUAUACAAAUUCUAUUUAUACUCUUUCAAUAUCUUCAGCAAGUGAAAAUGGUCAUAUCCCAUGGUAUUCAGAAGCCUGUUCCUCAACAUUAGCCACAACCUAUUCAUCUGGAAGUAAUGAUGAAAGGAUGGUUGUCACAACAGAUCUUCAUCAUUCAUGUACCAAAAGUCAUACAGGUACUUCUGCUUCAGCACCAAUUGCUGCUGGUAUUGUUGCUUUGACAUUAGAAGCUAAUCCAAGAUUAACAUGGAGAGAUAUACAGCAUAUUGUUGUUCAAACAUCAAAACCAGAUGGUCUUAUAUCUGAUGAUUGGAUUACUAAUGGUGCUAAACGUAAUGUUAGUCAUUCAUUUGGAUAUGGUUUACUUGAUGCUGGAGCUAUGGUUAAAAAAGCUACAAAAUGGAAACCAGUACCAAGACAAAGAAGAUGUAAAAUAACUUAUCCAGCAAGAUAUAAAGUAAUCCCUAAUAAUAAAAGAAUUGUACUUUUACAGCAUACAAGUGCUUGUGCAAAUACUGAAAAUCAUGUUAAAUUUCUAGAACAUGUACAGGCAAUCAUAACUUUAACAGCCCCCAAACGAGGUGAUAUACAAGUUUUUUUAACAAGUCCCAGAGGUACAAGAAGUAAAUUAUUACAAAAAAGAACUAGAGAUAGUAGUAGAGUUGGUUUUAGAGAAUGGGCAUUUAUGACAACACAUUCAUGGGGUGAAAUAUCAGAAGGUACAUGGUCUUUAGAAAUUGAAAAUGGUGGAUGGGAUGAAGCAGAAUUACAACGUUGGGAUCUUGUAUUUUAUGGUACAGUUGAGGAGAUUGGAGAAUUCGGUGGUGGUGAUGGAAAAAAACCUAUUGGAAGUCAUGUCACAUUAAGAAGUGCCGAUUUAAUAAAAACAGUAACAAAGAUAUCUUCUUCUAAAUCUUUUAAUAUUAUUCAAAUUAUUCUUUCUCUAUUAAGUUUUACUUUGAUAAGACGGAUAAUUUAA